UUCUCCAGCGCAGACACCUUCAAUCACCGCAUCAGCCUCUUAUUUUUCUUUCCCUGCUGCUCUAAAAGCAUGAAGUCUAAGCGGAAGUUGUCCGCGCUUAUUCUGUCCAGCGCAUCAGAUACCAAGUGAAACCAACAGAGAGCACUACGCAAGCGCGUAAAGGAGAGAUUGGACACCUGAUUUCAAGGGGUGUUUUUUGGAGCGCUCUUUCAUAUUUAAAAAAAAAAGAGAAAGAAAAAGACACAGGCAGGGAUGUAAAGGCUUUGGCGGGUGCAGAUAACCUACCGUGGAUUACCAUGAUCAGGGGCAAAUGUGGGAAAAGAGGACACAUCACUGCGCCGAGUGUUGAAGCAACGCGCGCAGUCCUGACGCUAUAGCGUUACGCAUUUAUUUCACCGAGUCUCCCCCUUUUUUUUUUUUUUUUGAGGAAAAAAAAAAGGGAAAAAAAAUUAAAUCACACUCCCUGCAGCGGCUCAGCCUUAUAAAAGUAAAAUAUUUGUGGCUAUAAGGAAAAGAGCAGGGUGUUGUCAGAGAGGAAUGAGAGGAGGAGGGGGGCAGUAUGAGGUGUGCUUUUUUUGGAAAAGCCGGAGAAAGACGGAGACCGAGAAGGUGUACUGACGAGCGAGAGCCUGCGACGCGGUGCCCUCUCCACAAAUAAUCACGAUCCGAGAAGAAAUGGCCUAGUUAAAGACAACCGUCGACACCGAGGAGAGAGCAGAAGAAUCGUGUUUUUUAGAUGGACGGCCCAUCUUCAUCAUCAUCACCACCAUCAUCACCAUAAUUCCGGCGUCCGCGUCGCGUCUUGAAGCAGCGUGAUGAGGAUGGGAACACAGUGGCAGAUGGAGUGGCCACGGUAUCUGAUUGAACUGCUCUUGGAGACUGGAGAGCUUAUGGUUUAAUUGGCGUCUUGACUGCUGCGCUGGACCCACUAGGAGUUUUAAAGAGAAGAACUGAUGAGACGACAGAGUCUACCUGAGAAUGCUACCUGUCCCUCCAUCUCACCAUGUUAUCCUAGAAACACUGUUAAAUGGUCCCCUUCCACCAUUCCUCUUUUUUCCUUUAACCCUCUGAGUUUGUGAUCCCUCUCUUGUCCUGGCUGAAGUCCCAGUAAUUUGAUUGUAAGAGCUUUUAUUUUGGACAUGUUGUUUCUACCACUCGCCGGCUCCAGCCACCAAGGCUAUGGUGGGAGGCGUCCCAAUAACUCUCAGCAGGUUGCUAACCCCUGUCUGUUGUGGCUCCUGGGCUUGGUGCUACACCUGACGCUCUCAUCCUCUCAGCGAGUCGACCUUAAACACCCCAUAGUAACCACAAGCUACGGAAAGGUCCGGGGUAUCAGGAAGGAGCUCAACAACGAGAUUCUAGGCCCAGUGGAACAGUACUUGGGUGUGCCGUAUGCCACUGCACCUAUCGGGGAGAGGCGCUUCCAGCCUCCCGAAGCACCGGGUUCCUGGCAAGAGAUUCGCAACGCCACCCAAUUUGCACCGGUGUGUCCCCAGAAUGUGCAUGGGGUCUUACCUGAAAUCAUGCUCCCCGUGUGGUUCACGGACAACCUGGAUGCUGCGGCAAGCUAUGUUCAAAACCAGGACGAGGACUGCCUUUACCUCAACAUCUAUGUGCCCACUGAAGAUGGUCCGCUCACAAAAAAACAAGAUGAGUCUACGAUGAACCGACCAAGAGAAGAAGAUAUUCGGGAUCGUCGCAAGAAGCCAGUGAUGCUGUUCAUCCAUGGAGGCUCCUACAUGGAGGGCUCAGGGAACAUGUUUGAUGGUAGCGUUCUCGCUGCCUAUGGAAACGUAAUCGUUGUCACCAUGAACUAUCGGCUUGGCGUGCUCGGGUUUUUGAGCACGGGGGACCAGUCUGCUAAAGGGAACUAUGGCUUGUUGGACCAGAUCCAGGCCCUGCGCUGGCUCCAUGAAAACAUUGAGCAUUUUGGAGGAGACCCAGAGAGAAUCACCAUCUUUGGCUCAGGAGCCGGCGCCGCCUGCGUGAAUCUUCUCAUCCUCUCCCACCACUCCGAGGGCCUUUUCCAGAGAGCCAUUGCGCAAAGUGGCUCAGCCAUCUCCAGCUGGUCCGUCAACUACCGCCCACUGAUGUACACGAAGAUCCUGGCGAAGAAGGUGGGCUGCAGUCUGGGGGACAUGGCCGAGUUAGUGGACUGCCUGCGAAGGAAGAAACUCCGGGAACUGGUGGAUCAGGACAUCCAGCCUGCACGCUACCACAUCGCCUUUGGGCCUGUGGUGGAUGGGGACGUGGUGCCGGACGACCCCGAAAUCCUCAUGCAGCAGGGCGAGUUCCUCAACUACGACAUCUUGCUAGGUGUCAACCAGGGAGAGGGUCUGAAGUUUGUCGAUGACAGUGAAGGAGAAGAUGGGAUAUCCGCUUCUUCGUUCGACUUCACCAUCUCCAACUUUGUGGACAAUCUUUAUGGAUACCCUGAUGGUAAAGAUAUCCUAAGGGAAACCAUCAAGUUCAUGUACACUGACUGGGCUGACAGGGACAACAGUGACAUGCGUAGGAAGACCCUCCUGGCUCUGUUCACGGACCACCAGUGGGUGGCCCCAGCUGUUGCCACUGCCAAACUGCACGCUGAGUUCCAGUCGCCCGUCUACUUCUACACCUUCCACCACCACUGUCAGACCGAGGCCAGGCCGGAGUGGGCCGACGCCGCCCACGGAGACGAGAUCCCUUACGUGUUCGGGAUUCCCAUGGUGGGAGCCACCGACCUGUUUCCCUGCAACUUCUCCAAGAAUGACGUGAUGCUCAGUGCCGUAGUCAUGACAUACUGGACCAACUUCGCAAAGACAGGGGACCCUAAUUCGCCCGUACCUCAGGACACCACGUUCAUCCACACCAAGCCUAACCGCUUCGAGGAGGUGAUUUGGACCAAAUUCAGCUCCAAAGACAAGCAGUACUUGCAUAUUGGCCUGAAGCCUCGCGUCAGAGAUAACUACCGUGCCAACAAGGUGGCCUUUUGGCUGGAGCUGGUGCCACAUCUCCACAGCUUGCAUGACGAAUUAGUCAGCUCCAUCACCACCCGACUGCCACCCAGGGGCCCCCCUCCGCGGAAGCUCCCUCACCCCGGCACCCGCUCCACACGUCACCCGGAGAUCGCCACGUACCCACCGGAGCCCGACGGCUCCGAGAGGCCCCGCUACUCCCCGUUCCCGGAUGUGACCCGGGAUUACUCCACGGAGCUGAGCGUGACCGUGGCCGUCGGUGCUUCGCUGCUUUUCCUGAACGUCCUGGCCUUCGCCGCGCUCUACUACAAACGGGACAAGCGCCACGAACUCAUGCAGAGGCGCCACCGCCGGCUCUCCCCGCAGCGCGGCACCACGCUGGGCAUGGGCAUGGGCGUCGGCAUGGGCGUGGUCGGGGCCCCACCGCACAACGACCUGGCGCUGAGCCAGGAGGAGGAGCUCAUGUCGCUGCAGAUGAAGCAGCAGCGGGUGGAGCACGGCACGCCCCUCCCGUCCCGCGGCGUCCACGGCGACCUGGAGCCCCUGCGGCCCCCCGUGUGCCCGCCUGACUACACGCUGGCCCUGCGGCGGGCGCCGGAAGACGUGCCGCUGAUGACCGCCAACACCAUCACCAUGAUCCCCAGCACCAUCAGCAGCAUGCAGCCCCUCCACCCCUUCAACACAUACCCCCCGGUCCCCGCCCCCUCCACCACCCCCGUGUCCAGCCACAGCAACAACGCCCUCCCGCACCAACACUCCACCACCCGGGUAUAGGACCAGGUACAGGCUCUGUUCCCCCUCUCUGGGCUCACAGAGACGCACCACACACUGUCUCAUUCAAACUCCACCUUCACCCCCCACUAUCCCUCCUAACUCUCGUUUUGUCUUCUUUCUUCAUUAAGCCCUCCAAUGAAGCUGCAGUUUGUAAGAUUUGAAGCAGUGAAAUACCUCUAAACUGUAAACAUAACUCAAGAGGGACUUGACUGAAAAGCUCCUACGUCAUCCUGGGCUCAUACCGCUUUACCUGUCAUCACUCUCUGAAUACCUGGUGCUGGGGAAGGUCUCUAAACAUGCAGCUUUACGCUUGUAGCUCCCUCACAGAGGUAUCAGAAUCAGUCAGACAUCGAAUGUGUAGCUUAGUUGUUUGGGGCAUGUGUGUGCUUUGUUUUUUUUUUUUUUUUUUUUUUUUUUUUUCUUCUGUCAGUAUAAAACUAUGUUUAACAAAGAAAACAAAUAUACAUUUUCAUUCAUUUAACAAAAGUAUGAUACAGUAGCAAGCAGCCCUGAAUGAAGCACCAUAUGUCCCCGGCAAGCUGUCUCUCAUAAAAGCCCUAAUUUGUUGAAACUUACAAAGUGCAGCUUUAAAGGCCCAAUCUGGAAGUGAGAUUUGGCACCCGGUGUUGAGCGCUGUGCCCCAACAGCUGAGAUUUUAUUGUUGUGUGGAGUGUAUUAGCAGACCGGGGAUUGCAAGAAUGAACACUGUUUGACAGCAGAAGUGCAUAAUUAAAUCUAAUUUAAAACUUCGAUUAUUUAUGCUAAUUAAAAAUGUGUUUUUCUCUUACUUUCAAAAUCUAGAAGCUCACAAGCCCUGGACAGCCAUAGCCAUUCACUUUGAGAGAAUUCUCUCUUGUGAAAUGGGUCUGGGUCUAUUUCCACUGGUACAGAACGUACCGAGCAAAUCGCUACAAGGCGGGGAUGGGCUUUAUACAACGAUUCAUAGAGGAGCGUCUAAGAACCACUAUUCAAAUCAACCAAAAGGGCUGCAGAAUUGCUGAUACCACCCUGGAUCAACGAGUUUUUACUGCGAAACCAUUAUUCACUCGCCGGCGCCUCCUACGCCACCGUUCGCCACUGAGGAUGUCUGUUCGAUAUUAGUCCGGGGGCGUCACAUGCUUCAUUUUUCUGAUCAGUUAUAGGCCUUUCCAGUGGCGUUCAGCGGCAGUUUUCUUCUGCAUCGGUUGGUACCGUCCCCCGGAAACGAGAGUUGAAACCAGAGGUACGACACGGAGCAGGAUUAGGAUCGAUGGCCAGGCUAUAAACUCACUGCUGCUGCUUUCCAAACAUUUCCAGAUUUGGGCUUCAAUUCUUGGGCAGUACAGAAAUAACUGAAUACCAAUCAGUCCAUCAGAUGCAACCUGGAAUCCAGGCUGCCCAUCCGAACUCGCUGCAUCUGCGCCUCACAAGCUUGAAUCACGUCCAUUACUUCAGUUGUUUCUCCCUCCAUUAUUUGUCUGUAUCCUCCUAAUAUCAUUUAACCUCUUCUCACCCUCUACUGCCUCACACUCUCUCUCAUCCUGCAUCUACGUCGGUCUUUUUAUUAAACCUUUGACAUGAUCCAUUUCCUUCUUUCUCACAAUCACUUCUGAACUCUUUUUUUUUUUGGGAGUCUUUUAUACAGAAACACAAAUGUAAAUGAUGUAUUAUUAAUAAAUUGUAAGGAUAUGAAUGAAAAAAAGAUAUUCUGAUAUCUCAUUUUUACCAGCAUUCUUGGUGCCAAGUACUGUGAUAAAGUUCCUCUUUCACCGGCGUCCAGUGGACCGCCUGGAGAGGUCCAUCCUGACUGUAUCUCACAAAAGGAGUUACCAUCAGAAAAAGUGCCAACCCUCUCAUCUUUGUUUUUGAACCACACACACUUCUUUUUGCUUUUCUUUAACUACACUAAAUGUUGCACUGUGGCUGGUCUUUUCUUUCAAGGGAACUCAGAUUCAAUAUAUCCUCAUACGUAUAUCAAGUUUGAUUAACUAUUUUGCUGUGUGGAAUAGUUGCAUGUUCUUAUUUUUUUUAAGUGUGUGGACAGCGAAGUUUAUCUUUUUGAUAAUUUGUCUUGAGUUUUCUUUUUUUUUUUUGAUUGUUAUUAUUUUGAAAAUCAUUUUCAUUUUCUAUUUUAAUAUCAGCAGCACUUUGUGGUACUUCAGAAAGUAUUAAAGUAUUAAGAGAUGAAUAUUGUGUAUAACUAUAAUUAUAAUAGAGAGUAAAUAUUUCCUGUUUAUUUUAUUUUUUUCAUUUCCUAACACUGAGGCUGUGCCGCAAAUCUACCAGAGACUGAUGAAAGCCUUUUUAAUUCCCCCGAACAUAUGCUUUUUGCUCUUUAUCUUCAUUUUUUUGCAGCUGUCAAGUUUGAACAGUCACCGUCUGUCAAUCUCACCUGAAGAUAGCACUUUUUAAGUUAAAAAAAAGGAAAAGAGAGCGAGAGAAAGGACUAAUUUACAUGAAUAGCCUCGAUUUGGUUUCUAUCCGAGACUGACCCGAGCCACAUGCUUCAAGUGUCCGAGGACUGCUUGCCGGUUAUCUUUUCAUCCACUCUUUUGUUGUCUCACCAUUCUUGCUUCUGCACGACGGGGGAAAGGAAAAGAUAUAUUUAUGGUCAAAAGAUGAGAGAGCCUUGUUUGCGCGUGUCGCAUUUUUCGCACAACUGAACACAGAGACGGGUAGGACCCUGGACAAUGACAAAGUUUAAAAAAAAAAAAAAAAAGGGAAAGAAACUGUGACAUUAAGACAUCACCGGAUAAGCAGUGAAUCAACACUGAUGACGAAAUAACUUCGACAGUUCGAUCUAUCAAUGCACAGUGGAUGCAUCCUAAAAACAUGAUUUAACAGACAUUACUUACACACCAUGUACCACAAAACCCAGGCAAGUGGGAGUAAUUCCCCGUCCUUGUAAUGUCCAGCAUCCUAUGUGCUCUGGAGCCAGACUGCCAUCUCUCACGCUGGACUGGAGCAAGCUGCGAGGACAAAACCGACAUCAAAAAACAAACUGUAUAUUUUUUUUUUUUUUAAAUGUAAGAGAACAACAUGGAAAUUUGUAAAUAUUAUGUUUGUUGUUUGGUUUGAGUGAUUGGCCGGAUCUUUUCUUUGUGACAGCAGGUGCAAGUUUAGAUGACUUACUUGAUUUUAGCCCUCAUGCGUACAGUCCGUUUGACUCUCUUUUAUUUCUUUGACCUCAAGAUCAAAUCCCAGUAGGUUAUGGGCACAUGAGUACAUUUAUUAACAUACAUGAAUGAAUUUAAAAAGAAAUCACAGCAUGGAUGAGGUAAACAUAAACUCAAAAAGGAAUGCUUCUGGCUCAGGGUAGCCUUGAUAUUGUGAUUAACAUGCUCUUACUGAAUAUAACAUAUUGUCUAAAACAUGACAUGCACACUUGGCACUAUCCCCUCAAUCCUAAAAGGCAGCUUUCGGAUGAAAUGAGUUCUGUCAUUGGUGAAAAAAAGCCAAAGAAAAGCUGCACAGAACAGAUGAAUGAAGGGGAAGUCGGAAGGAUUCCAGAAAUGAGGCAGAAAAACAAAAGAUAGUGUUACAAAUGUGGUCAAAUCAAGCCACAAAUCAAGGAGUUUUACUUGUGAUGCUGUAAGAUUUAAUUGUUUUUUGUCUCACAAUGUCUGAGCAUUAUCAUAGAGUAAAUCCCAUAACUGUGAGGUUGUGAAAUCCUUUGUACUCUUUUGGUCUUAUUUCAGGCUAUGAUCAUGGUGGUUGUUUUGCUACCUUCUGCAAUUUUGUCUGCACAUUCUGUUUAUGGGAUUAGUGACCCAGCUGUUUGAUGUGAGUUUCUGUUCCCCACGCUUCCAAAAACAGCAUCACAAAAUAGUUUGAUUUCCUCUCUCUGUCUUACUCUCUGUCUCUCUUUCUGUUCUGGAAACAAGGGUUUGACCUGCCAACGAAUAAUGGAAGCACACUCACCAAGUUUACAUGUUUACACUAUAAAUUCGAUGUUGGCUUAUGGUAUGGGGGGGGGGGAGCAUUACACAGAUCCAAAUAUCUUAUUCUUAUAACAUUUAAUGCUGGAAUGUUACAGUGAAGGCUUGCACCUGUUUGUCUGUUUCAUUUAGUCUGAUUCAGUAACUUGAGGCGCAAGAGAGCAAAAUGACCAGAAGGGGAUAAAAGAAUUAAAAUUAAUAUUUCUAUUUCAAAUAGAGGCUAUUACACACUGUAUGUUGUGUAUCUGAACUGGAAAACAUUAA